ACUUAGUUCAGAGAUAAAUUCGUGCUGAGUCGAAUUUGUUGUGAAAAUCGUGCACUUUUUUGACUUUCUUUAUAGUAAAUAUACAAAAUGAAUCCCAAUAUGAAUAUGAUGCAAAUGUCUGGACCUCCCAUGAUGCAAGUCUCGCCCAUGAUGCAGUCAUCGCCGCAGCCAAUGAUGCCCACCGGGCCGCCCGGCCCAGUGCCAAUGCAGCAGCAGCAGCAACAUCAACAACAACAACAGCAGCAGCAACAACAACAGCAACAGCAACAACAGCAGCAACAAGCCGAAAAGCUAGACAACAUAUCGAGAGUGAAGAGUCUGCUGGGGCCACUGCGAGAGUCAAUGUUCCUAACCAUUCGUUCCAGUGCUUUCACGCUGCAGCAAAACAAUUUGGCGGACAAUCUCAAGCGGGACACAGGCGGUCAUGGUCAUGUGCCCCGCUUUGACAAGCACCUGGAGGACUUUUACGCGUGCUGCGAUCAAAUGGAACUACAUCUCAAAACGGCCAUCCAGUGCAUGCAGCAGCUGACCUCAUCCCAGCAUUAUUUGCCCGGAGCUGUGACGGCCAUGCGAAUGGACAACUUUAUGCAGGACAAUCCGGCUGGGCCCAUUCCAUAUCCCACUUAUCUAAACACGGUGCGUGUUCACGUGCAGUCGGCCAAGGAUAUCCACGACACACUGAUCAGCGCGGCUCAAAAUAUAUCUCAGGCCGAUUGAUAAUUAGAGUACGAUUAUGUUUUGAUUAUAACUGAAUUAGUUUUAGGGUUGAUAGCUGGGAGGGACUACAUUAUAUAUACAA